GCGGAGGAACCAUGCGAGGUGCAGAGAGCGGCGGCGAGGGUCGCCUCGGGAGACCGUUUGUGAGCAGGACUUCUGACAUCCCCACCACUUCCCUCCGGGGCAUUUGAUCCCCCCAUGGCCACCUCUACUAACAACAUCAUCGUGCUGGAUGAUGAUGAUGAUGAAGAUGAAGCCGCUGCCCAGCCAGGGCCUUCCCACCCACCCCCCAGUCCCGCCUCCUUCAGGGCAGAGGCCCCUGGUUCCUCUCAGCCCCCAGGAGGGGCUGGAGGAAGCACUAGCUCCGGCAGCAAGAAAUGCUUCAAGUUGGAGAAUAAGAAGCUCUUCGACGAGUUCCUUGAACUGUGUAAGUCGCAGACCUCGGACCACCCUGAGGUGGUCCCCUUCCUCUCUAACCGACACCAGCGCACCCACCCUCUGUUCUUGGCUUCAGCGGAGUUCUGCAACGUCCUUACUCGGGCCCUGUCCCGGGCCCAGAGCCGACCAGCUAAGCUUUAUGUCUACAUUAACGAUCUCUGCACUAUUCUUAAGGCCAACUCCAUCAAGAAAAAGAUGAAUCCGGCUCCGGCUUCCACGGCCGCUAGUGAGCCCUCUGGGAGCUCCCAGCCCCCCGCAGACCCUCCCUUGGACCCUGCCCCCAGUGCAGAGAACUCUGCCCCAGAGGUGCCAAGGCCCCGGGGUUCCCGGCGGCAGAUCCAGCGCUUGGAGCAGCUGCUGGCGCUCUAUGUGGCCGAGAUCCGGCGGCUGCAGGAGAAAGAGUUGGAUCUCUCCGAGUUAGACAACCCGGACUCCACGUACAUGCAGGAGGAUAGGCUGAAGCGGAAGCUGAUCCGCCUCUUCGGGCGGCUGUGCGAGCUGAAGCAGUGCUCCUUGCUCACGGGCCGGGUCAUCGAGCAGCGCAUCCCUUACCGGGGUACCCGCUACCCCGAGGUUAACCGGUGCAUCGAGCGGCUCAUCAACAAACCGGGACUCGAUGCUUUCCCUGAUUAUGGAGAUGUGCUGCAGGCAGUGCAGAAGGCCGCGACCCGGCACAGCCUGGGCCUCCCUCGACAGCAGCUCCAGCUCUUGGCCCAGGAUGCCUUCCGAGAUGUGGGCGUCCGGUUACAAGAGCGUCGCCACCUCGAUCUCAUCUAUAACUUCGGCUGUCACCUCACGGAUGACUAUAGGCCAGGUGUUGACCCAGCACUUUCAGACCCUGGCCUCGCUCGGCGCCUGAGGGAAAACAGGAGCUUGGCUAUGAGCAGGCUAGAUGAGGUCAUCUCCAAAUACGCGAGGAUGCAAGACCAGAGUGAAGAGGGCGAGAGGCAGAGAAGAGCCCGGCCCCCUCAGGCUGCCUCUUCCCACGCUGAGGAUCCCCCCAGUGCCUCCUUGGAAUCUGGUGAGGGUCCUAGUGGAAUGGCAGCCCAGGAGUGUCUUACCAAGACUGAGACAGAUGAUGAAGACGACGAUGAGAGUGAGGAGGAGGAAGAGGAGGAAGAGGAAGAGGUCACAGAUUCCGAAGAGGAUCUGGAACAGAUACCUGAAGGUCCAGGAGACAUUGAAGUGGAUGAGGAGGAAGAAGAGGAAGGAGAAACAGGUCAGGAUGGAGACAAGAACUCCUCGUCCCCACUACAGGUCUUCAUCGAGGAAAAACUGGAACCUAGUAAAGGAGUUGGCAAGUCAUCCGAGGUGCAGCAAGAUAAAGAAAUUAGAAUGUCUCCAUCUUUGCUGUCAGGAAAGCCCCCUGGCCUCUCCGGCCCAGAUGCUGAGAACAAUGGUGGGCAUCCAGGGGAGCUGUGCCCCACCGAGGAGAGCCCUAUGUCCCAGGUCUUUGAGCUGGAGAUUGAAGCCGUGCCCUUGGAUGCCACCCCAUCCCCUGAGGAGAAGGACAUUUCCUCUUCCAAAAAGCAAUCUGAGGAGCCCCUCAACACUGUCUUGGAGAAUGGCGCAGCCCUGGUCACCUAUACUCCCUUUAAUGGAGGUGUUUCUCAAACCUGGAGAGACUCCAGCCCCCCUUGCAAGAAAUCUCGGAGGGAGAAGCAGACAGAAGCAAGGCCUUUAGGAAAUAGCUAUGUGGAGAGGCAAAGGCCAGUGCAUGAGAAUGGAAAGAAGAUCUGUGUCCUCCCCAGCUCCCCUCCUGGGGCUUCCUUGGCCUCGAUCGCAGAUUCCUCCACGAGGGUGGACUCUCCUAGUCAUGGCCUGGUGACCAGCUCUGUUUGCAAUCCAGCUCCAGCCCAAUUUCCUCACACUCCCCAAUCACAGGCCUCUCAGUCUUGUAUUUACAAGACUAGUGUGGCCACACAGUGUGAUCCAGAAGAGAUCAUCGUGCUCUCGGACUCUGAUUAGCUGCUGCCUUUCCUCAAUUCCCUGCCUCAGGAAUGUUUUGGGACAGUAUUUAGAGGACGGUGGGACGCCAAUGACUGAGGAGAGGAAGAACUGAGCUCAUCUCUCUAGUGUUUCUUUUAAAAGAAAAAAAAGUUGAAUUUU